AUUUUAUAUGAGUUAAAUAGUGUAGGCAAAACCAAAAUUUUAUGCUGACUUUAACAAGAAUCAGCCUAAAGAGUAUUGGGAUUACGAUAAUUUUGAAAAUGAAUGGGGUGUAAGACUUUCCUUAAUGUUAGGAUAAUGACCAAUAUGAAAUAGCCAGAAAGAUUGGAAGAGGCAAAUAUUCCGAUGUUUAUGAAGGGAUCAGAUACCCAUAAAAUUAGAGGGUGGUAAUCAAGGUGUUGAAACCUGUGAAGAAAAGAAAAAUAAAAAGAGAGACUAAAAUUCUGCUUUCAUUAAAAGGACAUCCAAACAUCAUUGAGUUAAGCGAUAUUGUAAAAGACCCAGCAUCAAAAACCCCUUGUUUAGUUUUUGAUUACAUAGAUCAUGUUGAUUUUAGAAGCAUCUUUCCAAAACUCACUGAUAUAGAGAUACGAUUUUAUCUAUAUGAAUUAAUGAAGGCUUUAGAUUUCUGUCAUUCCAGAGGUAUUAUGCACAGAGACGUCAAACCUUAGAAUAUAAUAGUGAAUCCCUAAAAAAAGUUAUUGAAAUUGCUGGAUUUUGGUUUAGCAGAGUACUAUCACCUGGGGCAGGAUUAUAAUGUUCGAGUGGCAUCUCGUUAUUUUAAAGGUCCUGAAUUGUUAGUUGACAAUGUCUACUAUGAUUAUUCGUUGGAUAUUUGGAGUAGUGGGGCCAUGCUUGCAUCAAUGGUUAAUAUCGAUAAGAUUAUAAUUGUAGAUUUUUAAAAAAGAGCCAUUCUUCUAAGGAAAUGACAAUUACGACCAAUUAGUAGUCAUAGCAAAAGUAUUGGGAACUGAAGAUUUGUUAGCCUACGUUAAGAAGUACAAAUUGAAAUUAGAUCCAGUAUUUGACAAUAAAUUGGGAAAGUAAGAAUUAAAAUUGAAGUUUAGUUAUCCAAAAAGAGAAUGGUCCAAAUUUAUCAAUCAAGAUAAUAAGCAUUUGUGCUCAGAAGAGGCAAUUGAUUUAUUAUCCAGAAUGUUGUUGUAUGAUCAUGUAAAAUUAAUGAGUAUAAUAGGCAUUAAGAAUUACACCCAAAGAAGCUUUAGAUCAUCCAUAUUUCUUGCCUGUUAGAGAUUAGAAAAAAUGAAAUUGG